UACCUUUCUGUCAUGUGUCCGAUUGACACGACACUUUCGGGUUUUUACAGCCUUAACAACCGAUUUAAAUUUCAACAAGUCUGACACAGAAAAUUCCCUCGACAAAAUCCAUGAUCUAAAUUCAGACACUCUUGGCUAUUCAUUCAGCUGAUUCCUCUCUACACAAAAUCGCAGAAAAUCAACUAAAAAUCGUAUUUUUCGUUUCAAUUGUUGCCAAACGUUGUCGGAAUGUAUUCGCUGUUGCCGUUGAUUGCCCGAAGACAAAAGCCGCGAUUGCGGGGCAGUAUUCAAUGGUGGGUGCAGUCGAGUCAGACUUUCUUCAAAAUGAGCUUCAAGUCGCCCCAGCCGAAGGCCACCAAGGGCACGAUCAAGGAGCUGUCCAAGAAGCAGCCUCAGGUCCAGUCGCAGCCCCAGUCGCAUGCCUCUCAGUCGCAUUCCCCGGUAUCACAGCCGCCAUCCUCAUCCCCACAGACCGCGCCACAGAAGGUGAUGCCUCAAAAGGUUAUGGCACAGAAAGUGAUGCCACAGAAGGUGAUGUCUCAUAAAGUUAUGCCACAGAAGGUUAUGCCGCAGCAGGUUAAGCCACAGCAGAUCACGCCACAACAGGUCAAGCCACAGCAAGUUAUGCCACAGCAGAAUAUACCACAGCAGGCCAAGCCCCAGCAGAUCACGCCACAACAGGUCAAGCCACAGCAGAUCACGCCGCAGCAACCCAUGCCACAGAAAACCAUGCCACAGCAGACCAUGCCACAGCAAGCCGUGCCACAGGCACUUGAUCAGCCGGCAAAUCCAGCGCCAGAGACCAAGAAGAACCUCAUGGGCACCAUCAACUCGGGUGUAGGGACCAAAAUCCAACACCCAUCCACCAUAACACCCACUCCAAAGCCAACAAUACCCAACAUCGCCGAUCAGCGGGCCAAGUGGAUGGCGAAAGUCUCACCAGAAAUGCAGAAGAAGGCCAAGCUGGCGGCCGCCAAGGGCAGUGCCCCGGCGAGUCCUGCGAAAAUGACAAAUCAAAACCAUCCGAAUACCGGUUUUGGUCAAAAUUUUGGCGGGAUGCCCCGGAAUCAGAACCCCUGGCAGUCACAAAACCAGGCCAAUAACCAGCCCCUGAUAAAGGCAGAGCCGGACGAGUCUUUCAAGGGUGCCUCCUCGGAGGCGCAGCGCAAGUCGUGGAUGAGCCGGAUGCAGGGAUCGCAGCAGAAGAAGCAGGCCCAGUGGCUGAAGGAUAUGCAGGCCAAGCAGCAGGCUGGCAAGGAGAUGCAUGCCCAGAAAAUGCAACAAAUGCAACAAAAUAAGCCAAACGAGACACCAUCGGCAGCUCCGACAAGCAACCAAAACGUAGCAGUGAGUACUGUGCCAGAACCGGAACCGGAAGAGAAGAGUCCCGAGCACCUGGCCUAUUUGGAUGCCAUCAAGCAGUUGAAUAGCUAUCAGGUCCUGGAACCGGCUGCAGGACGUGCCACCUCCAAGGGCAUUAAAACGGAAUCGGAUCCGAUAAUAGAACAGACACUGGAGUGCCUGGAGAAGACGGGCCUGAGGAGGGAGCAACUGAAAACCAUACCCGUGAUCCAAAUAGCCGGCUCCAAGGGCCGGGGCUCAACCUGUGGCAUCGUGGAGAGUAUCCUGCGAUGCCAUGGCGUCAAAACGGGAGUCCUUUGCUCCCCCCACAUGUUCCUAACCAGUGAACGGAUCCGAAUAGACGGCGAGCCCUUGGAGGAGAUCAAGUUUACGGAGUUGUUUUGGAAAAUCAACAACGAAUUGGCGAAUACGAAACCGACAGCCUCUUACAACAAACUAAUGACUGUAAUGGCCUUUCAUGCCUUCCAUCAGGCCCACGUGGAUGUGAUCAUUGUGGAGGUGGGACAGCUGGGCGCCGGCGACGCCACCAAUAUCGCCUACCAUGCCGAGACAAUCGGCAUUACUUCUCUGGGAUGGGAGCAGAGCUCGAAUCUGAGCAAUUCCCUGCGGGACAUUGCCUGGGCCAAGGCGUCCAUCAUGAAGCCCCAUGCCAGCAUCUAUACCAGCGUCACUCAGGCGGAAUGCUCGGAGGUCCUGGCCCAAAAGGCCAACCAGCUGGGGGUGCAGCUCCAUCGGGUGCCCGCCUUCACCGACUACAUGGAGGGCAAUCUGAGCAACAAGCAUCUGAUGAACAAAGCCAACUAUUCGAUGCGUUUGAACGGAUCACUGGGCAUCCAACUGGCCUACGAUUACCUGCGACGCUACAAGCCGGAAUAUGUUGUGGGCCUGGAGCACAAUGCCACCUCCCUGACACCUGGCACCACUCGGGGCAUCGAGUUAUACGAACAGCCUGGUCAGUUCGAUUUCAUCAAGCAUGAUAUGUUUAAUGUCUAUCUGGACAGUGCCGACACCUUCGAGUCCAUGAUGGCCUGCCGCGAUUGGUUCUACACCAGGACACGUUCCAACCGCCAGCCGAAGAUUCUGCUCUUCAACAAGAUCAACGAGUUCAAUGCCAAGGACCUCCUCACCAUCAUCCGGUGCAAUCUGCGCUUCGAGGAGGCCUGCUUUGUGCCCAGUCCGAACUUUUUCGAGGGCGAAAUCAUAGCCGAGGAGGAGGGCAACCCGAUGGUCUGGCACGGAAUGGAGGAACUGCAGCGGGCCAAAAGAAAUGCCGGAAAUUGGCGCGCCUUGUGCGAGGAAAAUGGUAAAAAGGACAACUCCCAGCUAUCGAUUUCGAUCAAUGCCUUCUUCGAGUAUCUGCAGAACAAGUACGGCAAACAGAGCUACGGUAUGAAGAACGAGUUGGAUAUUUUGGUUACCGGUUCCCGGCAGCUGGUGGCCGCCACCUUGGCCUGUGUCCGCCGCAUGAAGGCCGUUCACGAGUGGAAGCCGGAUAGGCGGUAAUAUAAUCGAUGUCCCAUCGCGAUAAUGAAAUUAAGAUAUUUGACUCGACAACCAGGCAGUUUGUUCCACAACUUGUGUUUUUCGACUUAAAUUUCGUCGUGAAGGUUUUUGUUCAUUUGUUUUCUUCCGAAAUACAAUUUACUCGAAAACGUGUCAAGAAGUUGGUUCGUCCUUUUACAAAACGCCCUUUGACCGAAACCUUAACAAGUUUAACGAAUGCACGUGAUGUAAAUAAUGUAUUUCUGAGAUCUAUUAAAGAGGAAUUAUUAAAAUUA